AAGAAAUCUACAACUCUCUCAGCAAUUGUACUUGAACAAAACAUUAGUUUUGUCUGUGCUGCAUCUAUGGAGACAUUUGCUACAGGCAAUUCCCAAGUAUGUUCAGUACUGAUCAGCCAAGAGGCAAAAGACGAUUUCCCACCCCGGCUCCUUGCAUCGUCAAACGGACGGACUUUCAUAUAUAUGUCCUUUCGGGACCCAGUCAGUUUACACCAAAGGGCUCGGAAGAGCUACCACUUGCCUAUGCUGGCCUUGGAAAGAGGAUGCUAAAUCUACCGGACAACUUAUUGCACAGUGAGACUAUGGCUUCGGUUGAGGAAGAAUUUCCCAAACUGAAAACAUUAAAAGGAGGCUGGAUGUUUUUCAAGUCAGCAGGUGGUAGUGGACGUCGAAAGCUGUCCAUAAUCCCUACUGACUCCGAGGGGUACUCCACAAGGCUCCUCAAAACAGCGUCCAACAAUGGAAAAAACAUUGUGUUUGUAAUUCCACUCCAGGAGCAACUUUCUACUUUGCAGCUGUUGCCUUUACAUGUGGAGGAAUGUAAUGACAUAUUGACUGAGAGUGAAUCUGGGACUUCUCUUGAUGAAUUGAUUGAGCAGCCAAAUCCACCUAACACAGGGAUGGAAGAAUCGUCAGAGGUUUGCCCUAUAUGUCUUGAGUCUUACCUGAUUGAUGUCCUCUCAUUUCAUGCAAGCACAUGUGGUGAAGGAAUGGACCCUGCUCAUCAUAGCAGUAUGACAAGGACAGAGGAAAUGCCAAGGACAGAGGAAAUGCCAAGGACAAAGGAAAUGCCAAGGACAGAGGAAAUGCCAGGACCUUCAGUUCAAAGAUUGCCAGCAACAGUUUCAGCAGCAUGGGCCAAUGAAGUGGACGCCCGGAAGGCAUGUCAGUUGUUUAGAGAGGAACUGCUGGAACGUAACUAUGAAUGUCCACGCCUCUUUCUGUCAAUCGACAUGUUUGACGCAGAAGAAGAAACAGACAGUUCAUUGAUUUCAUUCUUUAAAAUGAACAAUGUUAACUGGGCAGCUCCAUUAAAGUGCAGGCUGAGAGGGGAUGCAGCAGUCGGCCAAGGUGUCAACCGACACGUUUUGUCAAUGGCCAUGCAGAAACUGAAGACCGGCUUCAGUAUAAAUUUAGGCUGUGCAGCUCUGACAAGCCUUUUUGAAGGGGAAAUGGAACAUCGGGUUCUCUCCGCAGCUGCUGUGCUUCGGGAAAGCAACCUGUUUGAGAUGGCAGGUCGGAUGAUAGGCCUUUCCUUCCUGCAUGGUGGUUUUGGUUUCUCAGGACUAAGUGUGCCUGUAGUGACUCUGUUGACUGGUGGGAGCACGGAUACUGCAGCAUCAGCGCUUACCCUGCUGGACUGUCCUGAUCUUGACCACCGUGAAACAAUUGGUUUUCUCAAGAAUACACAACUUACUGCUCAAGAAACCACCAGUGUGACUGAUCUUUGCCUGUCCUGGGACCUCCCUGUUCCAACCUCCACCAAUCAUGACUGGCUGUUCCAGGAACUUCUUUCCCAUGCAGUACUUCACCGUGUUAGGCAGCCUAUCAAACAGAUUCGCAAAGGCCUUAAAGAAACGGGAAUCUGGCCGCUUGUUUCAAAUAGGCCAGAUGUCCACCCCAUAUUAUUUCCAAGAGAGAAAAAUGAUGAGCUGAACUCACAGACUGUGAUCCAGAACAUCCACUGGCCACAGCCCAAAAGUGACAGCGAUGAGGACGAGGACGACGCCGUUCCAUUGGAGAAAGUCAGUCUCGUCACUGGAUUUUUGAGGCAAUUCAUAGAGGAAGCAUCUCCGAAGGUGCUGCGUGACCUCUUGAAGUUCUGGGUCGGGUGGGAGCUGCUCACAACAAACCUUGAAGUUGAGGUUGUUACUUCAAAAUACCCAGUGGCUCUCACCUGCUUCCUAAAAUUGAAGCUCCCAAGCCACUACCAAACCUAUGAAAAGUUCCACCAGGACUUGAUGAUGCCCUCAGUUCCAUCAGUUCAGGCUUUGGGCUUGUGUAGCUACACACUGACUAUUUUUCUGGAGAAGGGUUUGCCUCUCUAUUCAAUACACUGUGUGAGAUACAGGGUUACAGUUGGUACACCUACCGUCUUUUAUAAAUAAAGGACAUUUGGAAAAAGA